AUGCGCCGCCUCGCACCGCUUCUCGCGCUCCUCGGCCCGGCGCUCGCCGCGUGCAACGGGCGGGACGAGUACUGCGGCCGGCGCUACUCGGCCAUGACGCACAUGGGCGCGCACAACAGCGCCUUUGUCGGCACCCUCCCGACGCACAACCAAUACGUGUCGGCGGCGGCGCAGCUCGACCUCGGCGUGCGCUUCCUGCAGCUGCAGACGCACGCCGCCCCCGGCGCCGGCGCCGGCGGAGGCUCCAUUGAACUCUGUCACACGUACUGCUGGGAGCUCGACGCCGGCCCGCUCGACGCGUACCUGCGGGCGCUGGCCGCCUGGAUGGGGAUGCACCCGGAUGAGGUCGUCACCCUGCUGCUGACCAACGGCGACAGGAUUCCCGUCGAGGCCUUUGACGCCGCCUUCCGCCGCGCGGGGCUGGUGCAGUACGUGCUACGGCCGCGCGGCGUCAUGGCCAAGGAGGAGUGGCCGACGCUGGGGGAGAUGAUUGAUGCGGGCACGAGGCUCGUCGUGUUUAUGGACUACGGCAUGGACCAGACCAAGGUCGACUACAUCAUCAACGAAUUCGACUACUUUUGGGAGACGCCGUACGGCAUCACCGACAAGACGUUCCCGACGUGCGCCGUCGACCGCCCGCCCGGCGGCGACCCGGGCCGGCUCAUGGGUAUCAUGAACCACAUGCUCAACUACAGGCUUGGCGACGUCGUCUUCCCGAACCAGCCCGACGCGGCGCGCACCAACUCCAAGGCUUCGAUCCAGGCGCAGGUUGCUCGGUGCGUCGCGGCGUGGUCGCACCAGCCCAACGUGGUAUUGCUUGACUGGGUAAAUAUAGGCGAGGUCGCUGCCGCGGGCCUUGCUCUCAAUGGGCUGGUGAGAGUGGCGGCUUGA